GAAGCGGCGGGAAGCAGCGUGGGGCCGGCGCUGAGGCGGGUUCGUGCUGCCGGAGCGGGCAGCGUCGUAGCGGCGGAGCUCCAGCCCCUUCCUUCCUCCCUCCGCUCUGCUUCACCUCGCCUCGCUGCAGCGGCGGUACUGAUGAGUGGGCUCCGAGCGCCCGGUGGGCGGCCGGCGGCCACCCCGGUGCCGACCUGCUUGCUUCUGCUGGGGCUGCUCUUGCCCGCCGCUGCCGCCGGCGGGGGGUGCGAGCUGGAGGCAGCGGACGGCGGCGGUGGCCGGCGGGGCGGACGGGGAGGUGCCGCCUCCUCUGCGGCGGAGACGGCGGCGGUUGUGACAGAUCCCUGCAGUUCACUCAGCCCACCGUGCUUUACUGAGGAGGACCGAUUCAGUCUAGAAGCUCUCCGCAUGAUCCAUAAGCAAAUGGAUGAUGACAAAGAUGGUGGUAUUGAAGUAGAUGAAAGUGAUGAGUUUCUAAGGGAAGAUAUGCAAUACAAGGAUGCCUCUAAUAAACAUAGUCACUUGCACAGAGAAGACAAACAUAUCACCAUUGAGGAUCUGUGGAAACGCUGGAAAACAUCUGAAGUUCAUAACUGGACUCAAGAGGACACUCUUCAGUGGCUGUCAGAAUUUGUUGAACUGCCCCAGUAUGAAAAGAAUUUUAGAGACAGCAACGUCAAUGGAACAACACUUCCCAGGAUAGCAGUAAAUGAACAUGCUUUCAUGAUCUCUCACUUGAAAAUAAUUGACCGGAGCCAUAGACAGAAGCUUCAGCUUAAAGCAUUGGAUGUUGUUUUAUUUGGACCUCUCACCCGUCCCCCUCACAACUGGAUGAAGGAUUUUAUAUUAACAGUUUCUAUAGUUAUUGGUUUUGGAGGCUGCUGGUUUGCAUUUACGCAGAACAGAACUUCAAGAGAACAUAUCACAAAAAUGAUGAAGGAUUUAGAAAGUCUCCAAACAGCAGAGCAAAGUCUUCUUGACUUGCAGGAAAGGCUUGAGAAGGCACAAGAAGAGAAUAGAAAUGUUGCUGUGGAAAAGCAAAAUCUGGAGCGCAAAAUGAUGGACGAGAUCAAUGAUGCAAAACGGGAAGCUCAUCGCCUAAGGGAGUUGAGGGAGGGAGCUGAAUGUGAGCUCAGUAGGCUCAAAUAUGCAGAGGAAGAGCUAGUACAGGUUCGCAUGGCUUUAAAAAAGGCUGAGAAGGAGUUUGAGCUGAGAAGUAAUUGGUCUGUUCCAGAAGCGUUGCAGAAGUGGCUUCAGUUAACACAUGAAGUUGAAGUACAGUAUUACAAUAUCAAAAGACAGCAUGCAGAAAUGCAAUUGGCAAUCGCCAAAGAUGAGGCAGAAAAGAUAAAAAAGAAGAGAAGCACUGUUUUUGGAACAUUACAUGUUGCACAUAGCUCUUCCCUGGAUGAAGUGGACCAUAAAAUUCUUGAAGCAAAGAAAGCACUCUCCGAGUUGACGACAUGUUUGCGAGAGCGUCUUUAUCGAUGGCAACAGAUUGAGAAGAUUUGUGGUUUUCAAAUAGCACACAAUUCUGGGCUACCAAGCUUGACCUCCUCUCUCUACUCUGAUCACAGCUGGGUAGUUAUGCCUCGAGUUUCCAUUCCUCCUUACCCAAUCGCAGGGGGAGUUGAUGACUUAGAUGAAGAUACUCCUCCGAUAGUUUCACAGUUUUAUGGGUCCAUUGUAAAACCUCCCAGCACACUGGCAAGAAGCAGUAGCUUGUGUCGGUCAAGACGCAAUGUUGUGCCAUCAUCUCCACAGUCUCAGCAUGCUUUGCACUCCCCUGACCCUGACAUCCUUUCUGUGUCAAGCUGCCCAGCAAUUUAUCGAACUGAAGAUGAGGAGGAAGCCAUUUACUUCUCUGCUGAUAAACAAUGGGAAGUACAGGAAACAGGUUCGGAAUGUGACUCCUUAAAUUCAUCCACUGGAAGGAAGCAGUCUCCUCCAGCAAGUCUUGAGGUGUACCAGAUGCUUUCUGCUCAGAAAGUAUCUCCAGAAGAAUGCUCCCUGGAGGAAUCAUCUACAGGAGACUCCUCUUCUCUAACUGCAGAUAUUUCUAGGGGCUCUCCUGACUGUGUAGGCAUGGCAGAAACUAAGAGCAUGAUCUUUAGUCCUGCAAGCAAAGUUUAUAAUGGAAUCCUGGAGAAGUCCUGCAGCAUGAACCAGCUUUCAAUUGGGAUCCCGGUCCCAAAGCCUCGGCACACCUCCUGUUCUUCAGCCAGCAGUGAUACUAAACCCAGCCAUGAAGCUGUUUCUGUCCCCAGGAUAAGUAGCAUCCCACAGGACCUGUACCAAAAUGGUGAAAAAAACAAAAAGCCAUCAAAAAUAAAAAGCCUCUUUAAGAAGAAGUGUAAGUGAGGUGGGCAGAAGAAGCCUGUAGUAGUGUUAUAAGAACUCUGUUUUUUAAAUCUUUAGGAAUGUAAUUCCAUUUGAGCAUUCCAGACUGGAUGCCCUAAUGGAAUGCUCUGUAGGUCAACUAUAUUUAACUCACUGUACUGUCAAAGGUUGUGCCAGCUGUCAAUGAGAAAUCAUUAAAAAGUUCAGACAGUUUACAUUCAUUUCUGCCUAUUUAUUUAUUUUUUUUUUUUUUUGGUUUGUCUUAGUGUUUGUUAGGGGUUUUUUUAGUGGUUUAUUUUUUCGUUUGUUUGGUUUUUUGUUUUUGGUUUUGGUUUUUUUUUUUUGUAGUUUAUUUGUAAACCAUUUUUAAGCCACUUGGACUUCUAAGCUUUAAUGGACUAGUAAGCCUUCUUGGGCUUCCCAAAGUUUCUUGUUUACUGGAGCAUCUUCCUAACUUUCUGUAGAGCUAGGACAUUUAUCUACUGGACUUUUAGAAAAAAUAAAAGAAGUAGAACUAAUUGAAUUGCACUACUGUUUUACAGACUGGAAAAGUCUCUCUGCAAGUGAAACUGAAAGACUUGUAUUUGUCUGAGAAGAUGAAUCUUUUCACUUUUAGAUCUUUUGGGGUUUUUAAGUAGAACUUAGGAUUUCUAAUUGACUUGACUUCUGGAAAUGGAAAUACCAUGCUUUUGUUAUGGGAAGCUUUGUUAGAUGCCUUUAUUGUUAGAAUGGUUCAAGUCCUGCUGUAAAGAUCAUGUUUUUCCCAGGACUUUCACUGUGAUUUUGCUUCACUGCAGGCUGUAUGACAAAAAAAAAAGGUAAUUUAACAAGAGAAGAGGCUCUUGAUUCCUUAUGCAAGCAAUGGAUAUGAAUCUUGACUGAGGACUGAAAAUAUUCACCUUCUUCAAAUGAGGAGGGGGAUAGUAGCUUUUGUUUACAGACUGCUAGACAAUGGACAUUUGGCUUGUGAAAGUUUGUAUUGUGGCAAAGAUAAUAAAUUGGAAACAUUAUUGUGCUUGGGAAUGUUCCAAUUUUAGCUGAUGCUUGUUUCAGAGGUCCUGCUAAUUGAAAGCUGUUGCAGGCUACAUUGCUUAUGCUUACUGCUGUGUGUAAAUUGUUAUUUUUUUUUUUUUUUGAUUAGCUAUUAAUGUCUUAAUGUCCUCCUUUUGUAAGAUUUCAUACACUUUAUUUUUGUAUAGUUUGAAGAUUCAGCUGUUCAAACAUGUCUGAAGUAAAUGGUAUAAUUUUAUAAUGCAUACUGUUAUACUAACUCAUAAUUUUAGAUAUAGAGAUAGAUAUAAAGGUGAGACUUGACACACUUCAGAUAAAAGCAAUUUUUAUGUUAAGCUUUUAUAGGGAGAGAAGAAAUUGCUGGGAGGUAACAAGGAAGCCUUCUUAGGGCAGCAGUAGCUAGUUGUUCAGAAUAAUUUUUAUUUUUUUUAGCAGUUGGAGACAACAAAUGUACUGCUUGAGCAACAGUGCCUUUCUUCAGUUUGUUUGAAAAUAUGAAUACUGAGCACGAAUUUCUUUUUAGGUACAUUCCAAAGAAAUACUUCUUGCUCUAGUGAACACAAGCAAUUUACCCAGUGAUGACUAAAUGGUUUCUUAGCUCUUCCACAGUAACAGGUGCCACAGCCAGGAACCUGUGAUUAGGGGCUCACUUCUUGCCAAUAUGUACAUGCUGUACUGUAUGAAAGAAUAAAUUCACUGACUGCCUGAUUCUUUUUCUAGUAAGAAGCUUCAAAACCUGUAGCUAAUUGGAAUCAAGUGAUGUCUUUUCUGUCAUUUUCUACUUAGGUUCCACUGUACAUAACUGAUGUAUUAGUUCUGUCCUCAAGAAGUGGUGGUGAUUUUAACAGAUGCAUUUACUGCAGCUAGUGAAACGGCUAGAAGAGGGUCAGAAAAUGGGAUGGAGGCCUUACAUGUGCAAAUACCUUAAAAGUCCUGAUACAUUCAUCAGUUCCUUAACAGAACAGAAGGAAUCCAGAGUUUUACUGUUUAAAAAUGGUUGUAUGUCAUCUAUACAGAAAAGCAUAGGAGGAGUCAGCUGUUUGGUAAAGUUAGGAAAAGAGAAAUAGAAAUAUAUUGUUCCGUUAUUAUAUGAAUCAUCAGAUUGAACAGCUAAAGCUGCAAAAAAAUCAUCACAAGGUAACAGUUGUGUCUCAAAGUUUGUACACUCUGUACAUGGUAGAAAAAAAGCAGCAAUGCAGAAAGACUUGUGCCAACCACCCACCUCAGUGCUCAGUCUUCAGAGUUGUAGUUAGAGCCCUGAUGAAGUACUUGAACAUGUACAAAGGGAAACAAUACAUAAAAGUAGGGAACUUACUUUGCCUCCCAAACAGCAUGGAGAAGGCUACUACCAGAAAAGUGUUCGACUUUGAUGUCUGCAUCUGGGAAGGCUAUAGCAAAAAUUGAGUUUAGAGUAAGAUCUGGGCUUGGAUGGUAGAUGUUACAAUGUGAGUUUUGAGGAACUCUGCCUCUCUCAUUACCAAAAAAGAUGAAACUGAAGAGUGUAUAUUUACACAUGGGACACAAAUAUCUGGUACUGAGGAGUGGGAGGACAGCACUUCUUAAUCCUGACAUCAGAGUCGGGCAAGCUUAAAUGCUGAGAAGCCAAAACAGACAAAUUCAGUUUUCUGUAGUAAGUAUACCAAAAAAAUAUAUAUAGAAGGUACUGCACUCUUCAUUGGCUGUGAGUUUAGGUGUUAAGUAACUUAACUGUCUUCUGGAAAAAAACCAACUCUGUGUAUCACCAACUGUCCUGUAACUUAUAGCUGCUUCUUAAUAAAUAUUGUAGAACUAAUAGCUUAAGUUACUAUGAUCAGAACUGAUGAGUAUUGUAUGUUGGAGCACAAACUGUAAUUUUAAUAGAUUUGGUAUUGUUUUUAUUAUUUUGAUAGACCCCUUGUACAUCUUGACAGCUAAAUUUGUCCACAGUUUAAGUGACUUACAUUGCUCUUAUUGUGGCUACUGUAGAAAUGCUGGUCUUCAAACUGUUAGCAUCCUUUCACUAAGGUAUGUUGAGAACAGUGGCUCGGGUAGGUCCUCACUGGCAAACAUCAAAUCCAGUAUUAAUUUUGAAGUACCUGGUAUGUGUCAACAUCUCGGAAGUGAAAGGAUGUGCUUCAAAAGGUCCUCUGUUUUUCCCCAUUUGCUUAAUGGUGUAACUUGAACUGGCUGGCAGACAGUCCAGCCAGCAUUCCAAACACUAGGAUUUCUGUAAGACAUGUCAGUCAUUCAAGACAAUCAUUUAGUGUCAUCAGCUUUUGAAUAGCUGAGGACUUUUUUUUUUUUUUGAGCUUGUAUAGCUAAAAUCCACAUUCUGCUUUAAAUUCUCCAGUAUAUAUCGGAAGAUGGAGGAUCACUGCUUUCUUAAAUGUUUUUUUAAGUACUUUGUCAGGACAGCAGCCCCUUUGUGGAAACUGCCUAAAAGGCUUCUCUGUGAAGAGGUUGUCAUUUAACUCUUUCAUCUCUAAAAGGAAGAAGUAUCAAGUGUGUGGUUCUAUAUAAAGAAGUCAACACCAAUUCUUCCAAAACUGAAUAAACCCAAACCUUUCCACAAUUCUUACAAAAGCUGUGUGCACUUUUUUCCUUAUAAAAAAAUUUCAGGAAAGGCAUUUCUGGUUGCCAUGGGGAAUGCUUUUGAUCAGCUUACAGACUUGGAGAUUAAAGCAGUUGACUCUUUUUCCCUGCUCAGUGAUGAAAUUUAAAAUUGCACAUUGGCAGUUCCAAGUAUAUGUCAACUUUUCUUUCCUCACUUCGCUGGUACCUAGGUAGCAGAUUACCCUCCACUUUCUGAUGGGCAAUUUGCUGAAAGAGGGAAGAUUCUCUAUCAUAGUCAAGGUAAUAAUGUUAUAGUAAGAAUACAGUUCCUCAUUUGGAAGCCUUGAAGAGAGUGAAGGCAAGGAUGCUCGACUUGAGUUUUCUUACUAUAUUUAUAGACGCCAGUUUGAGUUAGGCAUUAAUUUAUGACUGAUUGAAAGCUUACAAGAUAAAAUUAAUUAGAAAUUGAAGCUUCCAAGAUUUUUACCUUCCCAAUAUAUGGAAGAACAGCAUGCAGAGGAGGGAGGUGAGCUCUAAUUAGCAUUUAUUAUACCACCAGCUUUUAGAGCUUCAGGAUAGUUUCAUUCCAUUUCCAAGAUACAUUGCUGGAGAGGGAUUAUUACAUUGGUUUUACAAGGUAUGCAAAAAAGCAUUUAUUUUUCAUUUACUUACAAGCAAGGGAGAAGAAGGUGAAUAAACUGAAUGCUUUUGUUUGUUUGUUUGUUUUAAAGCCAAAUAGAGGACUUGGUUCUUGGAAGUCUUUACUAUUUGCUUAUCUCCUUGUACAAUAUGUUAAGUAGGUUGAGCACGGUUUUCUAAUAUGUUCCGGUUGCACAGACUAAAGUGAUGCAUUACUAUUUCAUGUUUGAAACACUGCUUGCUCUGAAUUUGCUGUAGGCAUUUUAAUCAUGGAUCUUGCAUCUUCAUUGACCAAUUGUUAAGCCUAGUAAGGCUCUUUGAUUCCAAGUGCUGAUAAACUUUUCUACUAGUGACUUAAACACAGAUGUUGGUAUAACCAGUAACCGAAAAAAGGCUUUUACCAGUAGAGUUUGACUGCCUGACAGCAUGUAAAUGUUUAGGAAACCAUUCUUUGAGGCUUCAGCAGCAGUUCAACAAUGUCAUACACAUUUUCAAUAGCUAGCUUUCCCUUCCAGCUCUUUAGCUAUGGUGCUGAUCUGAAACUCCACUUAGUCCUCUCUUGCAUAAACAGAAUGCACUGAUUCAUAUAAAUUGUAACAAUUAACCUUUAAACUGUUGUUCCCAGUUGCUCUUGCAUUUGACAUUACUUAAGCAAGAUGGCAGUGCUUAAACAGUCCACUUCAGUCUUUCAGAAAUAACACUGAUUUGUUACCUCUUUUUUUCUCUACAUCUUUGAAUCUCAAGUUUACAAAAUUGUGUGUGUGUGUGUGUUCUGUGUAUCUAAUGCUUCACUGAAAUUAGAGUGGGAAAAUUAAUUUAUGCUUAGAUGUUAAGGAAAGCACAUUUGAGCAGGGUAAAUGGAAAUUCCUCUUGCUCUUUGCAGUUGAUGAAAAGGAGUUCAGAGGUUUUUCAUCUGUUCCUGAGUCAGAAGACUAAGGAAUCCUCAUGACUUACAUUACUGGAGAUGAGAGGUACAUUCAAUCUCGGAGCUUUCAGAUCAGUAACUCUUAAUCCAAGAGAAAAGAAUCAACAACCCCCCAAACAAAACACCCUUUCUUUGUUUUGUUUGCACAUACAAAAGAUGUGCUUUGCAGAGUAUUACCUUCAUAUUUCUGUUAUGUUUUUGACCCAAUAUUAAAUUUGGUAGUUACAGCACUAACUUAUGUGAGUGAUUGCCAGACCUCGGAGCAGUUUCAGAUAAUGAUUUUAGUAGUGUGUCUUAAAGUCAGUUUUGGUUUAAUAUGUGUUAAAGACAUCUGAAUUAAGACUUUCUCCUGUACAUUCCUUUUAUUUUAAUUCAGUUCUUUGUGAUCCUUCUACUGUUAAAAAAUAAACAGGUACUGAUAGUUGAUUCAUGUUCAUGUUUAUAAUACAGUAAUUUUUUUUUCAGCAGAGAAUUACUAAUAGAAAAUGGUAGAUGCUUUUUACAAUAUCCAACCAUGAUCUAGUCUUGAGAAACACUGCUGUACUUCAGUUGAAGUAGGUAGGGCACUGAGUGAUGCAAUUUCUGUGUGAGUAGUAAAGUUAUCCUUCUUAAAUUCUCCUUUGUUCUUUAUUUGUAUCUUACCUUGAUACUGCACAAUUAUUUUCAGACUUGAAUUAGUUUAAAAUUAAGGUCAGUAUGUCCAGCCCUACGGAAGUCAGUCUUCAGUUGUCAGCCAUUAGUCCAUUCUUACUGAAAUUAAAAUCUUGAAUAUUUGUACUAGCUUAUUAGCUUGGUUGGUGGUAAAGUGGGUUCCUGGAAGUUUUCGGAUGAAAGGCAGAGAACUUGAAGUAAACCAGGUAACUUGUAUUCUUUAUCAGCUUUCAUAUCCGUCUCCCAAUAAGACCAAGUCUCCCCACAGAAGGUAGAUGUACUUCUUGCUUGGAACCUUGUAGUUAAUUACAUUUGGCUAUCUAAUUCUGAUAACUUGCUUGUGCAUUGUGCUUGCUUGCUUUUCAAUAGCUGACAAAAGCUAUAGGAGAUCUUGGGGGUUUGUUUUUU